AUGUCUGAACGCUUCUUACUUAUCCAUCCUAACAUCUAUCUUUCCUUUUUAGCCGCGGAAGUCCAUUCGAUCUUACAGAUAACCAAAGAUACCUAUUUGUUUGAAACUUUAGCCGGAAAGACAAUAAGUAUAACUGAGACUAAUCCACCACUACUAACCGUUCUUAAGACCCAACGCAAAACACUCGACUUUCUUCUAUCCCGUUCUGUACUCGUAUCUAAAGCCCUUUACAUUCCCGAACCAUCUGAAACCACCGCCGCCUUCUUCCAACGCCAAGACAACCCCCAGCACACCUACCGAAUAAACGUCACCUCAUACACCCGUAAGCUCAGUGCUGCCGCCAAAGUCACUCUAAUGGAGGAACUAGAACCCAUCUUAGGCCUACGCACUGCCAACUUAACUCAGCCCCAAACUAUCAUUGAAAUAAUCGAAACCCCCACCCAAACCAUAACUGGAAUUCUCUAUCAAGAAAGCCAAAGAAAAGAUCUCCUCCAGUACAGUCUGAAAAACCGCGCCUUCAUCGGCACCACCGCCAUGGACAACGAAAUCUCAUUUAUUCUAGCUAAUCUCGCCCAAGUAAUUCCCCAAAGCAUUGUCCUGGACUGUUUUGCCGGUACAGGCAGUCUACUCCUUCCCUGUGCUAUUCUUGGCGCACUAGUCGUAGGCUUAGAUAGUAACCCCAAGCAGUACCAAGGCCUAACUAAACCCCACCAGAACCCCAAAAUAAGAACUCUCCAACCAGGAACUAACAUCUACACCAACUUCCAUCAAUUCCAAGUCAACCACCAAGUUCUUUGUUUCGGCCUAGCUAACAUCUUCUCAACCCCUAUUCUGCGCCCAACUACAAUUGAUGCCAUCAUUUGUGAUCCGCCCUACGGCCGCCGUGAAAGCACCAACAUCAAUCUUCCCAUUCCCACCCCAACGACCAAUCAUAAGACCAACACAGAUAGUAAUGACUUUUAUUUCGAUUCAGCUUGGCCUUUUGUUCAACAACUCUUCCAACAAGCAGCUAUUUGUUUAAAACCCAAUGGGUUCCUUUGUUUCUUUAUACCACAUGCCAAUACUAACGAUCUACCAGUCAAAAUGACCAACUUAGAUAUCUUUACUGAAAUAUGUCGCUGUCCCCAAUACUUAAACUCAGUCUAUUCUCGCACCGCCUUUGUCUACCAGAAAAGGACUCACUAA